AUGUCGACCGGUGAGAAGAAGAAGCACCCGUGCGCCGAAUUCUGGCAAUUGCCGGAGCUUCUGGGUCUCGUGGAAUCCAAGUUGUCCCAUCCUGGCGACCUGAAAAAUCUAUGUCUGGCGUCAAGGUCACUGCAUGCGGCAGCGAUCCCAGUCCUAUACCGGCGAUUGGAGAUCGACCUUGACGAUUGCCGCGAAGAUGACGGCAUCUUACGACGAGGCCAUGGCGGCCACAAGUACAUUCGACACCUCGUUAUCAAACGCCCAACGCAAAGUUUUCUUGUCCACGACAAGGCCGCUUGGCGAUACAAGCUGCGACACUUGGUCAGUAUACUGCCGCAAGACAAGCUGAUGUCGUUUUGCACGCCAGAUGACACUCCGCUCAAGCCUGAUGAUGUGAAUAUCAUCCUCACCCAGCUAGGGGCAUUGAGAUAUAUGCAGCUGGGACCAACUGAUUUUUUCGACCGCGCUUCAGUCAUGGAGCCUAUAUUAGAUCGGUUGAUGGGUCUUGAGAUUCCGAACAAGAUUGGCUGUCUGGCUGAAUUGGAGUUUUACGGUGACAUUCUUCAAAGACGCCCGAACAUCCAGGACCUCUCAAUCCGCGCAGAGCAGAUCACAAGAAGGAUCAUGGCAGCACGGAUUAGCGUGCCCACGUCCUACCUAUAUCAAUCAAUACACAAGGAUCAGCCCCUCGACUCCAGCAUAGUCUUCGCUCAUAUCUUCGGACGCCUAAAGCGAGACACUAUUCCUUUACGGCUCGAAAAGCUGCUUCUCCAUAGUCAAAGAAUGCUUGGAGCUGAGCAGGCUUUAAUACCGUAUAUCGCAUUCGAGAACCUUCGCGAGCUACAAAUCCACGACUGCUCGGGGGUAGAUGAUCUUUUGGCGGGCCUCACUAGACGGUUUCUAACCACGGGUUCGAUGCUCCGUGUCUUCUCCCUGUACGAGGAUUAUCGUUUCGAUUCCGACGCCGACGGAAGGGUCGAACUUUUGGAAUCUUUCCUUCGUAGUUUCGAAGGUUUGCAAUUUCUUGAAAUCCGAUGGGACGAUUCUGGAGCGGAUGGUUUCGAUCUAGCUUGCCUUGAAACACACAUGCCAACCCUCACAGACCUCUGUCUUAGUUUUCUCGACAACUCAAAGAUGGACGAUGACGGAGAGAUGGACGAUGACGGAGAGAUGGGCAUCAUGGACUACAACUGGUUUCCAGAGGAUUCCGAACUUGCCAACUUGUUGGAGCGCAGUCCGAACUUGAGGCAACUCGCAUUGCCUCUAGCCAAUAAGCAUAACGUCGACACCAGACAAAGUGCGAUUCGGUCGGAGACCGAUCUCAUACUGAAGUCGAGCCAAAUUAAGGUGCUUCGUAUCCUCAAUCGGCCAAACCCUGCAUCAGACCGUUACGAUGCAUCCAUCACCAUGCACGACAUGCACGACUUUGCAAACAACAUCAUGCAAAGGGUCGCUCAAUACGAGACCGCUUCUGCAUUGCAACUCCUUUGCAUUGGCGACUGCCGUCCAAUGGAGAAGUUUGGAACGUACUCGGACGAUGAGUUAAGCAAACUCGCAAGCGGCUGCUACAUUCGCGGCGUACAGACCGACUGCUUUGGACUGACCCGUGCGGCGGCUAUCCCUGUCCCGGUGAAUCGAGUGCAGCUCGAGUUCCCUUUCUGGGACGCACAUGUCUCGGAAAAUGACCAUUACUGCCUCGGGGCUGCUGACUACCAACUGCUGGGAAGAAGAGCGUAA